AUGAGUUUGAGUGAAGAAACCCAAAACCUACUUGUAGACUUGAGAAUCAUGUGUAACAAGUGUAAUAUCCCAAUAGAAGGUAUUAAAGCGGAACUAGUAUCUUGUUUAGAGGAUUUCUGUGAAAUCUAUGAUGAUGAAAAACCUUUUCUAUCUGAUGAG